CACAUCCCUCCUCUGCUCUAUUCAAGUAAAGAUGAAGAGGAGCACACAGCAUGAACAGAGAACUUUUUUUCGGGAGAAGAAUACUUUUCAGCGGCUUUUGAGGACUUUUUUUUAAAUGAAUGAAUGAACUAACUAAUUAAUGAGCUCAUUUCGCUGGACUAACGAGGGAUCACAGGGAGCGCACGAGACACCUGGAGAAAUUUCCAGAAGCGUUACAGGGUCGCAGGGGCCUGGAGCCUGUCCCAGGAGUCUUAGGGCACGAGGCGGAGUACACCCUGGACAGGGUGCCAAUCUACGACAGGGCACACACACACACACACUCACAUGUCUUUGGAAUGUGGGAGGAAACUGAAGUACCCGGAGGAAACCCACCAAGCAUGGGGAGUACAUGCAAACUCCAUGCACACAGAGACGGGAAUCGAACCCGGACCCUGUCGCCUAAACUGAUGAAUCAUUGUUUACAAUUUAAGGGUCACAGCGGUGCGGGAGCUGUAGGGGGAGCUCUGGAGAUCUGUCUGAGAAUGGGUCCCGAUGAGUCGCCCCUCCGAAAAGACACGAUGUCAACCUCUCCACCUUCCUCCCCUCACCCCCACGGGUGCUUUCCUGCUCCCUCUCCAUGCUCUACAAUCCCCUCGCCACCCAUUUCUCCUGUGAGGUCAGGGGUCGUGAUCUUUCGCUCUCCUGCCACACGCCACCUUGCCCACCUCGAUGCCUGGAGGAGGCACAGCUGGGAGCCGGGUGCAGUCGUGCAGGGAAACCCACCCAACGACACACGCAGUGUCAGUUUGGAAGAUCUGGACGCGGAGGAGAUGGCGUUGGUACUGGGUGGUGCUCUGGGCUGCAGCAGAGCUAGAAACAUGCGCAAGUCUGUCACUUGUGAGGGCUCUUUGUCCUCACUUACUGAAGAGGAAGCUGGGAUUGAGACACAGCCACAGCUCUGCUCAUCACUGGAGGAGCAGGCAAGUCAGAUGUACAGCUGCAGUGUCUCAGCUCCAAGCCUCUGCGUGAUGAGACGCACCCCCAAAUCUUCUGCUCCUCGUCCUCGCUCAUACUGCUAUGAUCAAAAUGCAGAAAGCAUCCUGUACUCCCAAGGCAGUGGUUCAACUCAGAGACCGUAAUCUUCGGUGGGAUGUCGGGAGCGAAACAAAUGGAGAAAUGGAUGAA